AUGAACUACUUUGUCCAGCCUCGGGAACCAGGAAGUGACAAAACAGGACUGCACCCAGUUGCCUCAAACUGCAAAGCUAAGGGUCCCAGCUGGGGCCGCUCCGGGAACUCCGGACGGAAGCUGCCCCUCCCCGCCCUGCUGCCGGACACCCAGCCAAUCAGUGCGUCCCGCCAAUCAGGGCGUCGGACCAAUCAGUAUGUUUUCUCCGGCGGCGCCCGGCGCUUAGCUGACGCCUACGCACCGCGCCUCUUGCGCGACGGCCCCUGGGCGGCGGAGGCCGUGGCGGCGGCGCGUGCGGGCGCGGCCCUGGCGCGCCCCCUGGCGGCCCGGCCGACGAGCUGCGGGUGCGGCGCUGACCCGGAGGCGGCGGCGGCGGUGCCCGGAUGGAGGCACGUCAUUGUCCCCCGCCGGGCGGCUGGGCUGUGUGCGGCGGCGGCAGCGGCGGCGGCCGAGGGGGAUGGAGCGAGUGCCGAGCCGGGUCAGGUAAGCUCCCGCCUCCUUCCCGCCCGCUGCAGGCCGGCGUGGGGCCGGGCCGCGUGUCCCUGCUUCGCGGCCUCUGCCGCUCCGCCACCUUCAGCCGGCCGCGGCCCGCCGGGACUAGCGCGGCCCCUCGCCCGCCGCCCCCUCUACAGCCGCCAGGCGGCCCGGGGACCCCACGGCUGCGGGACCGGCGCUGCUACCGCCCGGCCGGGCCAGGCCUGCAGAGCAGGAGGCGGUGACCACGGCGGGCGGACUCGCAGCGAAGGCAGCGCUGGGGUUGCACGGGAAGGGCCGGACCCCCCUGGUUGCCAUGGCCACCGCGCUCCCACCCCACCGGCCCCAGCCCGCCCCCUUGGUCCGCUGCUCCGGCCAGGCUGCAGUCCGCAGCCCCUGGGCCGCCCGGCGCGUUUGGAGCAGCCGGGGUGGGCGUGUGCAUGCCGGGACAGUGUAGCCGGCGUCCGGGGCCCGCCCGCCGUCCCUCGCGUGGCUGCCACCUCCGGCUCCAGGGCGCCCCUCGGAGCUCGGGGCUGGCCUCCCCGCCCCCACCCCACCCCUACAAACUUUCCCACCCGGGCGCGGUCCACUCGGCUCCUCAGCAGAACACCCGAGUUGCCCACACUGGAGCGGACACCCGAAAGGAGAGGCGGACAGCCCGGGGUGUUGGGGUUGGGGGAGGAGCCCGGUAGCUCUUUCCCCUCCGAAAAAAAGCGAGUGUGCUUUCCUCCCUCAGGUUCUUUAUCUUUGGGGCACGGAGAACCAACUUACCUGGAGGAAAAGGCGGGUGGGAGGGAUCGGAUUCAGAUGUUUGAAAUGAAAAUUUGACCGGACCAAAGUUUUACAAUCUAGGACUUUAACCUCCCUAGAAUGAAUACAGUUGAGAUUACUUUUGUUGAAUAGCUCUUUUAUAUUUGAAGGCCUUAGGACUUGCUUGUUUGUGUUUCUUUCCAGUAAAUACACUCAAGUAACAAGAAGUGUUAGGAAACUAGUUAACGCCCCUUUUACAAAGUAACAACUGGAUUCAGGUUCUCACAGCUAGCUGUCUAUGGGAGGAUACUUUUCUUCAAAGCGUGCAUUUUAAACGGUCUGCUUUUACCAUGUCACUCAUUCAGAUGCUUAGGUCUGUGAAGAAUGAGUUACACUUACUUGUUUUUACUCAGGGACAGUUUCACUUUCUUUUCUGUAAUCAUUGGCUCAAGACUACAAUAUUUGGUUUGCAAAGUUUUACAGCUAAUCAUUUUGUUUACCUAAAUACAAUUAAAAAUCAAGUGGUAUCUUUUUAAAGUUUCUUAAAACGGAAAUGUUACAAGAACUUGUAUAAUAUUGUUUAUAAAGAACUCGCACAUGACAGUGUUGACCUUAUUUCUUGAGUGUAUGUGGAGUGACACAAUGUUUAAAUAGUGAUACUCUUUAAAAUGAGAAAGAAUAAAUGAGAAGAGUAAAUGUAGCCUGGUAUUCACUCAUUGUAAAAGAGAUAGAAGCAAGUAAAAGUCCUUAGUCUUGCACAUUUAUUCAACUGUAGUCCCUGUUCAGGUCUCAAAUGGACUGUUGUAACUUUGUAUAUCAUGAAAAGGUGUUGGGGAGGGGACUCAACUUUAAUUAAAGUAAACUUUCAAAGUCCAUUUUGAACACUAACUUUCAGAAGCUUUUCUUAGAAUAAAAAUAGGAGCCACAUGAAUCCUGACUUACACAGUAUAGUUGGGUUUUAAAAAGGUUGUCUCUAUUAUAGGUGGAGUUUAAUUUGAUCCCCGGUGGUUUUAGGGUGAGAUUUCAUUGGCUGAAUUUCUAAGUGAAGAAGAUGAAUGGAUUUUGUUAUUCUUGCCAGAAUCAAAACAAUAGCAUACUUAUUGAUGACUUGAUUUGUGUUUUCCUUAAUAUGUAUCUCCUAAGCCUAUUACUCUGCUUUUGUUAGAAUAAAUAGUGUUUUGUUGGGCUGUUUGUUAAUCGUUGUAUGGAAAGGUUGCUUGUCCCAGGAAAACCAAGGGGUUCCACUAUUAAUGUUACUUUAAAUAAGGAUAGACUAACCUUUCCUUAUUACCAAAUUUUGGCUUUCUUUAACUCUUCCUCCUGUUCCUUUCCUUUCAUCAACACACACACACACACACACACACACACACCAAUUUCUUUUGCCUGUAGCAUGAGAAAUGUAUAAACUUUAUUGGAUGAUAGGCCCAAAUUUUCUUGUAAAUGAAGGUGAUUUAUAUUUAUCUUCAAUUAAGUAUUCAAGUUGGAUAAUUUACUUUCUGAUUUUAUGUAACUGUCCCUACAUUGUUUAGGUUGUACUUUACUUGAAUUAAAAUUUUUAAACAAGGAGGUUGAAACUUUUAAGAAACAAUUUAUGUAAGCACCAAGCACAUGGUGAUAUCUGUUCACCGAAGUGGCAAGUUCAUGAGUAUUUUAUUACCUUUUGUUCUUUAAAAUGGUGAUUUUUUUUUUAAAGGCCAAAGUUUAGCUGUUUUAAAGAAUUAAAUGAGGUACAUGAUAUAUGUCAUUCAGCACAAACUGGUGCUAAAAGCAAACACUAGUUACUUUCUGUUUGUGUGAUUUCAUUCAUUUGUUGAGUGCAUGUUUGGAAAGCUUCCCCAUGCCAGGUAGGGUGGAGUAAGUCCUUACUGCAUGCUACCAUAGAAAUCAUCACAAGUAGUUUUUAAGAUUGACUUCUGACCCAAUCUUGAGGUGAAAGGCGUUGUCAAGGAAACCCUUUAAGAUGGGUUUCUAAUCCAGUCUUGGAAUGAAAGGAAUUGUAGGAGAACGCAUUCCAGAGGAAUGAGUUCUAAACCUGACAACUGAAAGUGUUAACUGGCCAGAGGUAGAGAGAUGGAGAAGAACAUGUAAAGAAGAGCUUGCAGCAGCUCAGACAGAGCAGGGACUAAAAAUGGACCCUGUCUGUGGUGGGAACAUGAUGUGCAGAGUGUUCCAGAGACUGAAAGAUGCUGGGAAGAACAUAGGAAGGCCGGGGAGCACCCCUAAAAGGUUUCUUCAAGGUGUGACGUGUAGAUGUGGCUGCCUGGACAUUUUGAGGGCCACCCUAAAGCACUUCGCUGACUUAGGUUGCAUAAUGGCUAGACAACCGCCCUGCUGGGUGGUGGCUCAGUCACUGACCUUGCAGAUUUUGGCUGAUUUUUCAAAGGUUUAUCAUGAAAAUUUAGCAAGUAAAUGCAUAUUUAGUUAUUAAUAGGAUACCCAACACAUUGAAAAACUCAAUUAGUAGAUUUAAAAAUGAGAUUCAGAGGGGUUGGGGAUUUAGCUCAGUGGUAGAGCGCUUGCCUAGCAAGCGCAAGGCCCUGGGUUCGGUCCCCAGCUCCAAAAAAAAGAAAAAAGAAAAAAAAAUGAGAUUCAGAGAUUUAAUACACAUUUGUGUUCAAAGUUUGAUGUUAGUAAAAUUACAGGUUUAAUUUUAAAAGUUAAAGUACUAUAAACUGGACUUUUUCAGAAAAAUGCGUUUGUUCACUAGUAAGACUUCUAUAGCUAAAACUUUUCAAAACUCCACAAAUUUCAUACAAUGGUAUUUUUAGACUUUGAGUUAAAAAUUAAAACUAUUCUCUUAAUGCAAUUGAAUUGAUUUCCCCCUCCCCGAAAAAUGGCAUCUGAAUUGAAAAUGUAGUCAAAUAUCCUAAAGUGUCAACUGUUCCUCACUUUAAGCAGUAGAGAGAAGUGUUUUCGUUAAGUGUUCUUAAUUGCCAAUUGAGGUGCCUAAGAAUAAACUGUGAUGGUUUGGGCAAUAUGGCGCAGGAAAAGGCUUCCUUUUUGGUGUUGUUGCUACUGCUGCUUCCAAGACAAGGUCUUCCUGAGACGGUCUUUACUCAUUCUUGAUCUUCCUGCCUCCACCUCCAUUGCUGGGAUUAUAGGCAUGCACCACUAAGGCUAGACAAGACUUCUGCCAACCGAGUCUUCCCUACUACCACUAACUGGUUUAUGUUUGGGUGACCUCUUUAAAGGUAGUUUUACUUGGUUAGACACAAGUUUUGAGGGUAUAGUGACUGGCAGGUAGACUGCUCUUUUUCUCACCCUUUGAAACAAAUAUACUUUUUGUCUU